UGAAAAGCUAAGCUGCAAGGAGAGCUGGUUCCACUCCGGAGGCUCGUGUUUCGUUAUACAUUUUAACAGCAAUUACUGAAAUCUUGGAUGUGUAUCCUGAUCUUCAAACUAAGUAAUGCCAGGAAGACAUGAAGGUCAAAGCUUUACAUAUAAUAGCUGCUUGAUAAACUUUUACCAAAGAUGAACAAGAAUGAUGUGAAGACACCACUGAUUUAAAUAAUGAUGUUUGAUUUCACAAAAUAAAAUCUUUUAAAGAAGAAACUUACAGAUGUCCAAAAAUGAUUGAGAUAGAGCAAGCAGAGGCCCAGCUCUCUGAGUUAGACCUGCUGGCCAGUAUGUUUCCUGGGGAGAAUGAGCUCAUAGUGAAUGACCAACUGGCUUUAGCAGAACUGAAAGAUUGUAUUGAAAAGAAGACUAUGGAGGAGCGAUCUUCAAAAGUUUACUAUACCAUCAAUAUGAACCUAGACAUAUCUGAGAAAUCAAUGGAGAUAUUUUCUCUGGCCUGCAUUCUUCCCUUUAAGUACCCUGAAGUUCUGCCUGAAAUUACUGUCAGAUCAGUAUUAUUAAGUAGAUCCCAGCAGACCCAGCUGAACACAGAUCUGACUGCAUACCUACAGGAGAAUUGUCAAGGAGAUGUCUGUAUAUUGAAUGCCACUGAAUGGGUUAGAGAACACGCCUCAGGCUAUGUCAGCAAAGAUGUCCCAUCUUUCCCCACCACAGAAAGUGCAGUCCAGCCAGUUGAUCCCAUUCUUACAAGACUUUGGAUCUACAGCCAUCACAUCUAUAACAAAUGCAAAAGAAAGAAUAUUCUAGAGUGGGCCAAGGAGCUUUCCCUGUCUGGAUUUAGUAUGCCUGGAAAACCUGGUGUUGUUUGUGUGGAAGGUCCACAAAGUGCCUGUGAAGAAUUCUGGUCAAGACUCAGAAAAUUAAACUGGAAGAGAAUCUUAAUUCGCCAUAGAGAAGACAUUCCUUUUGAUGGUACAAAUGAUGAAAUGGAAAGACAAAGGAGAUUUUCCAUUUUUGAAGAAAAAGUAUUCAGUGUUAAUGGAGCCAGAGGAAACCACAUGGAUUUUGGUCAGCUGUAUCAGUUCUUAAAUGCCAAAGGAUGUGGGGAUGUUUUCCAGAUGUUUUUUGGUGUAGAAGGACAGUAACUAAGGAGAAGAGUAUUUUGUAUUUUGUCACUGUUGACUUUUUGUUUUUUCCCACUCUUUUUUGAGAGAUGAAGUAGUUUUAAGUUGAGUGCAGUGGCACACAUCUAUAUUCCCAGUGACUAAGGAAGCUGAGGCAGGAGGAUCACAAGUUCCAAGCUAAAAACUAAAAAGGGGCUGGGGGUGUAGCUUUCUGUUGGAGCACUUGCAUGUUAGGGUAAAAAUAAAGCAAGAAAAGGAAGUGUAGUUGAUGAAAAUGUCAUGAUUUAAAGAACUGCAUUUCAAUUUUUAAUCUUUAAAUUAUCAACAGAAAUUUCUUGACAUAAAAACUACUGAUUUUGAAAAAGAAAUUACUUAUAUAAUGACAAGUUAUUACAAGUUGGUAGCCCAACUUGUCAGCCAUUCCCAACAUCCCCUUUUCCUUUAUCUGCUAUCAAUAAAGAAGUUGGGAAAGCUUAACUGCUCACCUUCGCAGCCUCUGUUGCAGCUACAGGUAGCUUUGGGACACAUUUGCAGGAUUUCUGGGAAAGAUUUGCUUCUCAAAUAGAAGUGAUAAAAGUGGCUAAGCCAUCUUUUUCCCUAUUUUUGAAACAAAUACUGAAGUUAUGGAAGAAGCUGGAAUGGUCCUUUCAAAUGAGAAAGGAAAGAUCAUGGGAACCAAAGAGAUACCAGUGCUCAUCAUGUCGGUCUGCUGAUCCAGUACCAUCCUCUGACUAUCUGUAGAUAUCUUAUUAUGAAAUAAAACCAGUUUUAUUUAAAUUUC